UUCGAUGUCACAACCAAGAAAGCUGGCGUAGUGAUGGACAACGCCGAGCGUGUUCUGCAAGAGCUAGCAGAGGGGCUGGAAGUUGACGACAUCGUGCCAGGUCUUGAGGACAACGAUGAUGCAGGAGAGGACGACGAUGAUCUUGAUGGGUAUGUGGACGAGUACGGUGCCCUGGACGAUCUGGAGAAGAACGAUCUCGACCAGGAUGUGUAUCCCGUCAAGAAGGUCCUCCUGAAGCUUCGUAAACUCGCCCAGACCGUCACCCACUCGUCCACAAUCCUGCUGCCUGCGUGGUACGCUCUUCUGGACGAUCUUGUGCUGCCUCGGAAGGCGAUCCCACGCGAUGUCCGUACGCGCUGGAACUCGACGUAUCGAAUGCUGCGGUUCUGUCUUGACUACCGUGAGGCGAUCGAUCAGAUGACUGGGGAGCGGAAGCUAGGGCUU